AUGGCGACCAAGCAGCUGCAAGAUGCUCCUACACCAGCAAGGCCGAAAAGCACAAAUGGGGUGAUCAAUGGGACGAAAGCUGGCACGGGUGACACGCGGAUAGUGGUCAUAAUAUAUGGGCCAGGACAAGAGAAGAUUGUCUCGGUUUUUGCAGACGUGCUUGGGAAACCAUACCGGCUGGCCCCAAGCUUCCAAGCGGUGGGAGGUGGAGACCAUGGAACAGUAAUAGGGAUAGGGGCCAGCGAUGCGAAGGCCGAUAUUGGAGCGCGGAACAAGAUGCUCAUGGUUGCGAUUAACGCACAUUGCGUGAACCUUGGAAUGCCCCCAGAUCUCGACUUGUCAGUUGCCUCGGACUACGAAUUCUUAUAUACAGAGCAACCAUUUUUCCGGAGGGAUCUUUCGCGGUUCAUUGCAUUCACACUGGGGCAGAUCAGUCACCAUGAAGCAUUAAUCACGAAACCAAGAACGUAUUUUAUUUCCACCACAUUCCCAGAUGUACGGACGGCGUUGUCGAAUUUGGAUAUUCUUUCUGUUGGAUCAGAUGCGGUGGAAAUACGGGUGGAUCUGCUGAAGGAACCAUUGCCGGAUGGGACGUUCAGUUCUGUGCCGAGUAUGAGCUAUGUUGGAGAACAAGUCAUGCUUUUAAGGCAAAGAACCGAGCUCCCCAUCAUUUUCACUACGAGAUGUACUCGCGAGAAUGGCCGAUUUCCAAUGGACAACCCGGAACUGUACUACCAAUACCUGUAUCGAGCAAUACAGUGGGGAUGUGAGUACGUCGAUGUGGAAAUAUGGUUACCAGAAGACAUUCGACGACGGCUCUAUGAGCAAAGAGGAAACAGUCGCAUCAUAUCGGCCUUCCACGAUUUCUCCGGUACCUUCAAGUGGCCAUCCCCUGAAGCCCAGUCCAUCUUCCAAGAGUCUAGGAAAUACGGCGACAUUGUCAAAAUGAUAACCAUCAUAAACUCGAUGUCGGAGAACUACGAGCUCGAGUACUUCCGUUCACAAAUCAAAGCCAACAAUCCCGAUGGGCCUCCUUUAUCAGCAGUCAACAUGGGCCAACUUGGUCAGUUUUCACGAGCAGUGAACACAGUCUUCAGUCCCAUCACUCACCCACUUCUCCCCAUCGUCGCAGCGCCUGGCCAAAUGAGCGCAGCAGAGAUCAACGGCGCCCUCAGCACCAUGGGCCAACUCCCCAAGAAAAACAUCUACGCUAUCGGCUCCUUCCGAUCCACGCCCCAAGCAACCUUCUUCGAAAAAUGCUUCAACGAGCUCGGCCUCCCCCACAACUUCGCCACCGUGGACCGUGGCGUGAAAGGCUCCGUUGAAGCCUUCUGCUUACAACCCAACUUCGGCGGCGCUUACAUCAACCCCCCUUUACCUGCAUCCCAGCCCAACAUCCCGCAGCUCAGCCUCUCCGACGCAGCCCGCACAAUUGGCGCUAUCGACACAAUCGUCGUCCGAGGUGAAGGGGCCUUCUCCUUCAUCGGCGACAACGCAACAUGGAAAGGCAUCCGCGCCACCCUGACUCGCGACUUCGCGCCCUCAGCGUACAAGGACCGCGCGGCUAUCAUCCUCUCCAGCAACGGUGAAGACGCCGCCUCUGUCAUCUUCGCACUCCGCUCCCUCAAUAUUGGGAAGAUCUACACCGUAGGCUUCAAAGCCCAAGGUCCUCUUGCUUCAGGAGUCGAGCCAUUCACUUCCAUCGAGUCCGUGCAAAGAGUCGACCAACCAUUCGCUAUCAUCUCCGCUCUUCCUCCCGAUAAGUCCCACCUAGUGCAACCUCUCUUGCGGCACUUCAGCAACGGGAAGCACACCUCCAGCUCUCACCUUCCUGGGUUAGGCAAAGUCUUCCUCGAUCUUGCGAAUGGACCAAGGAAGGGCGAUCCGCUGGCUGUGGCGGAGCAGAGCGGCUGGACGGCGUAUGGGGUCGCGGACACGAGUGCGUUCACAACGGUUGAGACGCUGAGGUUACUCGUCGGACAGAAUGUGCCGUAUAGUUUUGUGAGGUUGGCUAGUGGGAGGGGUUUGUAUUAG